AUGCCGCCCGAGGUGGAUGUCAAAGUCACGACAACGGAACGCGUAUUUCCCCAAAAGUCAAAGCAGCAUGAACACGUAGUCCCACUGUCGCUGCUGGACGCAACCACCGCUAACUUUGCUCUUACAAACGCUAUAUGGCUCUUCGAGCCCCUCGAUGAGCGGAAUGUAGCAAACGUCGCCGUGCACCUCCGCCAAACACUCAGCAUUGCGCUUACUUCGUAUCCUCAAUGGGCCGGCCAAUUGAAGUCCAUCACUGUCGUCGACGAUGUCUCGAUACCCGCUGAGGUGAGGGAGUUCCCAGCCCACGCCCGCCGCUUCGGCCGCGUUUACGCGCACUUCGGGGCCUCCGCAGACGUCGGUGUGGAGUUCGUCUCAGCAACGAGCUCUGCCACCACGGACUCACUCUAUCAAAUAGAGCGCGUCAAAACUCAGCCACUUUGGAAUCGCAAAGACGAUAAUCUCGGUAAAUUUGUGCCUGUUGUUGACAUUGCGCAUGCUCUACAACCCAACGAGCCCGAUGCCACGACGGGCUUGCGCAAGCCGAUCAUGGCUAUACAGUGCACCACGUUGUCAGACGGUGGUUUUGUCCUCGCUGCUAAAACGGCGCAUCCUUUCGCGGACAUCACGGGUCUCAUCCGCUUCGUCACGGACUGGGCGAGCGUGAGUACUGCCGUCAUCAAGGGCCUGACCGCCCCGACCUUGACUCCCGUCUUUGAGCCGGCGCGUUUGGACAACCUCGCUGCAGGAAACAUAAACGCCGAGGAGCCGGACCUGGCCAUUAUCAGUCGAGCGGAACGUCUGCCCUUGCACAGGUACGAUUGGUGGGCUGCACCAGGAAAUCCUCCCACGCCAUUUCUUGAUGCGGCCAAACUGGUGUCACCAGCAGGCAAGCCUAUGCCAUGGGCUGAGUGGAACUCUAAUGCGCCUGUUUCUGACUAUACCAUUCAUCUCAACACAAAGCAGGUCGAUUUUCUCUUCAACGAAGCUACAAAUGGUACUGACAGUAAUGGCCCGAGAAUCAGCAAGCAUGAUGCCGUGUUGGCACACAUCUGGUCCUGCAUUGUGCGCGCACGUCAACUCGGAAAGGAUGACGGCCCUGUACAUUGCGAUCUUGUACUUGGCCUUCGAUCCGCUUUCAAUCUGGGUGAAGACUUUCUGGGUUCACCAAUCAUCAUGAUGAAUAUUGAGCUGCCAGGCUCUGAAGUCGGCCGCGAACAAACAAGCAACGCUACCUCAUCAAUGGUUGCCAUCACCCGAAAAAUUCGGCAUACAAUUUCCACUGUCAGCGACCCAGCGAAUCUUGCAGAUCAUCUUCAUAGCGCUACGUAUGAGAAGUCUCCUCAGCGUAUAUGGCAGGCAUUUCUUGGCCGGCGUCAUAUCCUGGUGACAACCUGGGCGCGUGCCGGCAUCUACGAUGUCGACUUCGGUCUUGGCUCGCGCAUACGAUACGCGGACGGCAUCGUGCCGAACUUAGACGGUUGUGUUCUCAUCAAAGAAGCACCUCCACCUCCUGGACAGUCCUUUUCUGGAUCUCGGCCGUCUUGGACCGGCAGCGGGGUGGAUAUCUCUGUUCAUAUCUGCACUGAGGACAUGGAGCGAUUGCUCAAGGAUCCUUUGUUACUACCACGUCUUGAUUAG